AUGGAGUCGGAUAGUGUUCUCAAUUAUGUACGCUCGCAAUUUCCAAUCGAAACUUUACAUCAAUUAUACACCAAUGGAGAACUAUGUGAUAUCCAAGUGAAAAUCGGCCAUCAAACUUACCAUUGCCAUCGUAUCGUGUUAGCAAGCAAUAGUACUUACUUUCAUGCCAUGUUUACCGGCAAUUUAACUGAAAGCAAACAAAAUAGUGUGGAAAUUAAAGAAGCCGAUCGAGAAGCAGUCGCUAUCUUAAUUGAUUAUUUCUAUCGAGGUAAAAUUGAAAUUAAUACCAAUAAUGUCCAAAGUGUAGCCGUCACGUCGUCAAUGCUCGGUGUCGACGAAAUUGUUCAUGUAUGCUGCCAAUUUAUAAGCGAUUUAUUAGCUCCAAGUAACUGCUUGGAAAUUCGUUAUUUCGCCCAAUUUCAUCAUUUUGAAGCAUUAGGCGAAGCGGCGGAUAAUUAUAUCGCUAACCAUUUCUCGGAAAUUGUCGAAACCGAUUCAUUUGUUGAAAUGUCCUACGAGCACUUAAUUAAUAUCUUACCUAUGCCUCAUUUAAAAAUGAUUGAAGAAAUUAGUGUCUUUAAUGCAGUAAUGAAAUGGAUUCGAUCGGAUCUAAAAGCAAGAAAUGAACAACUACCCAAGUUAUUAAAUUGUGUCCGAUUAGCAUUGAUUCCGGUUGAAACUUUAAUUGCUAAAGUGGAAAGUGAAGACCUUAUCGUUCAUGAAUUUCAAUGUCAAAUGUAUUUACAUCGAGCUAAAAAUUAUCAUUUUAUGCCCGAGCACGAAUCUAUCUAUCUACUUGGUGGCAUCUUAAACGAAAACCACCAAGUAGCUCCCAAUGGUAAUACUACCUCGAUAUCCGAUGUCUAUGCUUAUCAUAAUGGAAUUUGGUCAAAAAAAGCUUCCAUGCUAACGGCUAGAGCUAAUUUUGGUGCUGUAGUUCAUGAAGGACGUUUAUAUUGUGCAGGAGGUCGAACAGAAGGUCAAUUAACUUGUGUAGCACUAACCAAUACAGUUGAAAUUUAUGAUCCAAAGGAUGAUAAAUGGGUAGAAGGAAAGCCUAUGAAUGAGGCUCGUGAAGGUUGCGGAUUAAUUUCUUUAGCUGGUCAAUUGUAUGCAUUAGGUGGCUAUAAUGGCAAUAAUGUUCUAUGUAGUGUUGAAAAAUAUGAUGAAAAUAAAGGUAAAUGGAUUCAAGUUUGCGCUAUGAAAGUUAGUCGUAGUCAUGCAAAUUAUAUUGCCUACAAAGGAGAAAUAUGGGCGAUUGGUGGAGGUAAAUUUUUUAUGUAUGAUUAUAUUUGUCAAUAUAUAAAUGCCAAGUACAGAGAUUUGCAAAUGAAGAACUAUAACUAA